AUGGUGUGCUUUCAUGGCCACGUCGCUGGCUCCUACGAAGACUCCUCAGGAAACAUCGUUGUCGACCUCACCAUAGCUUCAGACAACGUCUUCUUCUUCUUCCCACCAGACAGCCAAGCAGACACACCCACGACGUUACUCCAACGCAACAAGCUGGUCUCUGAUACUUACCGCUGGGUCUUCGAUCCCAAAACUCCAACCAACACACGGGUACAACCUCAUAAACUUUUUGGUAUCAACGGCGAGUUCUCCCGCAUCGACGAUAGAGUUCUAACGAAAAGGUACAACCACUUCUGGCAAUGUAACAUCGACCCGAGCAAACCGUAUGACUUCCCCAAAUGUGGCCCGCCAGCCGGUGGACUCUUCAACGUCUUGGGACACUACGAGUGGGACACGGGGAAGAAGGAUACCUUUUGGGCAGGACCGACAUGUACAUUCCAAGAGCCUGUAUUCGUCCCGAAGGCCUCGUCUUCUCCAUCAGACUUCGUGGAAGGCGAGGGAUACAUCAUGGCUUUGCUCAAUCAUCUCGACGUCUUGCGCAACGACAUCCUCAUCUUUGAUGCGCAGAACCUCUCCCAGGGUCCGCUGGCUGUCAUUCAUCUACCUGUCAAGCUGCGCCUGGGUCUGCAUGGUAAUUUCAUCGAGCAGAAAGACAUUGAUGAAUGGGCCGAGAAGCGCAAGGAGGGCGGUGAGGUUGGGCCGGCGGUACCGGCGAAGGAGAUGUUGCCGUGGCAGAAGAAGAUGGCAGAGGAGGAAGGCCUUGGAGUUGCAGUGCCAGUACCAGAGAAGGACUUUCUCAAUGGGUCGAACGGUGCGAUUGGACUCAACGGUAAUGAUUAG